UGCAAGUACUGUCAAUUUUUUUUAAACAAUCGUUGUGAAAUGUUUUGAAAUAUACUGCAAGUUUACAUCAAGAUUACAAAGAAAUAUUGUUAUCAUAUUAAAAAAAAUCAUUUUCUCAGCAUACAACUUAAGGAGAAAACAACUGCUAGAAUUAUUGCUUAUUUUUGUUAUUAUUAUAAUCAAAAUCUAAACGAUAGCUUUAUUCAAACCUCUUUUGAAACCACAUACUUUUUUAUUACUCAGGAAACAAAGAGCUGAAGUGCUAUCUACAAGCAUCCCUAGGAUGAAGUAGUAUCUAAACACCUCUACAGUGUUCAAGGCUUAAAUGGUCACUAAGUUAUGUUUUAAAAUAUCUUAGAAAGCCAACAUCAGUAUAUUCUAGGGGGAAGGAGGAAUCAACGACAGUAAAAAAAAACACUGAAAAUUUAUUUGGAAAUAGUUUCUUGGGCUUAUCAUUUUUUGGCUGUUUUAUCAAUGAGAAGUUUGGGGGAUCAAUUGAAGCUGAAUAAUCUUGUCAGACAAUUGCUAUCUGUAUUGAAUUCCUGGGACAACAAUAAGGUUGUUUUUCAUAAUUAAUUCUGAAUCAUCUGCUUAAAUUUUAAGGAGCCAUUCACAGUCAUCUGUUCUGUAUGUCAGGUGUCACAACUACAUUGGAAUUAUGCAAAGGAAAAAAAGUUGUGUGUGACAGUCUGCUAUUUUCCUAUCAGAAAUGAAGAUGAGUUCGCAAAGUGUUAAAGAACUUAAGACCUUAUUUAGUAAUCACAGAAUUUGCAUUGGAUGAUCUGACAGAUCUAGGAAGCUUCCUAAGGAAGAUAAAUCCUUUUUUCUGCGUUUGAACAUAUUUUAACACUACCCUGCUGCUACAAGCUUUCUUGAAAGUGUUGUACCCCUAGAAUAUACCGGAGGCCAAAUGUUUCCAGGAACUAUUCAGCAAGCUGUGAUGCCAGCUGACCACAGAGAUGGUCAUUCCCUGCCAAAACACGGUGCUGAGAUCCCCGUACUGACUGCGCACAAGUCAUUUCCAGACCAGCAGCCGGUCUAGGCCUGGUGGCAGCUGCUCCAGCUCGCCUCCAUCCCAGCCUCACCACAGCAGCCUCGUGUGAAGCCAAGUGAAUGUGCCAGCUUGCUCAGAGGCAGCCCUGCAAUGCCAAACGUUGACCUUCGUUGCACAGCACAGACAUGAUGUUUGGCAUCCUGGUUCUUCAAAUAAAUCACUGUAUUUGCAUGAAUUCAAUGUAAUUCAGCAGCAGCAUGGGAUAUAGCCACCUGCAAGUACUAUGCAGGGGGUACUCCAGCACCCUCCAUCCCACAUUUGAUUUUAUGCAGGCUGUCCUGGGACUUAUUUUUCCAAAUACUGGUACUUUUAAAGGGCAUCACAUUGCAAUACAAAUAAACAGAAGCAGAGAGAAAGGCAUGCUCAGGAGUUGCAGAGUAUUUUGAAACCGUGAAAAAGAGGAAAACUAAAGCCUGAUCUGUGCUAGAGAAGUUUUACCAGCACAGCUGAAUCCCAGAUCUCAGCUGUAGAUGGCUUAUAUAGGCCUGGAACAAUUUUUUUUUUUUUUGCCAUUAGCACUUAUGCCAAUUCACUGAGUGAACUAAACUCUUCUCGCUCAAACAUUCAGUUGUGUCAAUGCUAGGAUUUAAACCCUAAAAAAAAUAAUUUAAAAACCGCACACUGAAAAAGCAUAUUAAAGCCGCAAACGAGGACUUCCUAGGUAUCUGGUACUCUCUCCCUUUGAAAGAUACGCUCCCUAGACAAAAGUUUCUUGUGGUGCUCAUGAAGAGUCUGACCAGUUAGCCGCCCACAUUAACACACUGCCUCCACACAGGAGAAAGCAUAUAACUGAAAGGCUCUGUGUUUCAUAUUACCAGCACUGUGGCACCCCACACAGAGUACAGCAGAAUUCAUGUCCUUUUUAGUACAGAAUUAAGUUUGAAGGCACAGAAUCUGGAUUUUGGAAAAACAGCUCCCAAGCUAAGUGUACGCUGUGGUGAACAAAUCAAUCUUGGUACAAGCAUCUAUAAAAUACUGCAGUGCCAGUUAGGAAGCACCAGUCUCAAACACGUAGUUACACCUCUCUGCCUGGGAACAGUUUAGUUACCACUUCUAAACUGGAAAUUUUUGUGCAUGUUCCCAGGUUGAGAUUUUAUCUGACAGCUCCCAUACAGGAUCUUCCUGUGCAAGUAUCUCACAUCCACUUAGUAAGAUUUCCCCAGCCUCCCACCUGCCUGUUCAGAGCACCUGUGCUCUCAAAGUUCACUUUUUCCGUGCUAAUGGAAUGGUUUUGAGAAAGACUCUGUGUGUUACAGACCUCAACAAGGUCACCGUCCACAGCCCAGGCUCACUGCUUCCUAGGGAUCCAUGGUUUGCCAGCAUUUCAGGUGGGAAAGGGUCUGUUGUGCUAUUUCCCCAUGGCACAUUCACUUCAGUGGGGUGGUGGCAGCCCCCUGCACAGGGCAGGACCCAGGUCCCUUUGCCACCCAGGCAAACAGCAGGAACUUGCUAUUGUCCUUCACCUCCUCGCAUUCCUCACAGGGUGGCUCCCUAGAGCUGUCACUGUUCACUGGUGGAAGUCAUCAGGGCAAGGCAGUGGGGCACGCUCUGAUGAAAAAACAUUGUCUAAAGGAAAAAAAAAACAUCCAUCCAUGACAAAGUUCUUUCCCAUGGAUGCAUAACUUUUAGAAAUCUUUCAACAAAUUCUGCCUGGUGUUCUGGCAGCACGUAGAUCCUUUGCUCUCUGUCUUUCCCAAGGAGACUGGAAAAAACAUUUUGAGUUCUACUUCCGCUAAAAAGCUGAUGCUUUUAAUUUUCCUCCCACUCCCAAACCUACCAACUUUAAGGACUGCUUUGUUUGUUUUGCUUAAAAUACUCCUUGGCCAGAGCUACAUGCACAUCAUUCAGAGGAAACAGCCUGAAUUGUCUUAGCUAGUCCUGAUAAAGAAAAUGUUAGAGAACUGUUGUUCAGUGCAAACCUAAUGCGGUUUACUAUCCGACAGGCCUAUUCCAUUACACAUGGUUAACAAGACCUAGGGAAAGACCUUCAUUCUAUGAGAUGAUCAGAUGAUGACUCAAAUAAAGACAAACGACAUAGUGAAAAAAAGUACAGGGAAAGACACUGAGAAGUAUGCAGACUGAGUCUUUGUAAAAAGGCAUCACUCCCCAAAAAACUAGGCAGAGAUUAGAUGGCAGGUUAUGUGAAUUUUGCCAUGUCUCCAAAUUGUGAAUAACCACAGAUUUGCACUGUUCUUGUGUCACACAGAAACCCUGAUGCAGAGGCAGAGCACACUGACACGUCACCUUCACUCCUCUUCCAAUAAGCUCUUUGGAGACCAGUUUUCCCUCAAAGCUGUCCUGACCAGAAAGCACAGAGCACUUCAUAGUGCUCAAGAAGUAAUGAAGCAAGGACCAAAGCCUUCUGGAGGGAGAUGUGUCGAAGGAUCUACAGCCAGCAUGCUGCAAUUUAUACAGCUUCAGUAGGAAACAUGAAGGUAACUACUACGGUUAAAGAUCACCUUUAAAAAGGAACAUGGAUUUAAUAAACACAACUGAACAAAACAGUACAUCAGAAGAACUAUUCAAAUGGGUGACAUCCAAGAUUCUCAUUUCCAUUACCCUGUCUGUGCUUGCACUAAUGACAACAGCCAUCAAUUCGCUUGUGAUGACGGCAAUAAUUGUGACAAGAAAGCUCCACCACCCCGCCAACUAUUUAAUCUGCUCUCUUGCAGUGACUGAUUUCCUUGUGGCCAUCCUAGUGAUGCCUUUCAGCAUUGUCUACAUUGUAAAGGAGACCUGGAUCAUGGGGCAAGUGGUGUGUGACAUUUGGCUGAGCGUGGACAUUACGUGCUGCACAUGUUCCAUCUUGCAUCUCUCCGCCAUUGCUUUGGACCGGUACAGAGCAAUCACAGAUGCGGUGGAAUAUGCACGGAAAAGGACACCUAAGCACGCUGGCAUCAUGAUUGCAGUGGUAUGGAUCAUAUCCAUCUUUAUCUCCAUGCCACCUUUGUUUUGGCGGCACCAGACAACCAGCAGGGAUGAUGAAUGCAUCAUCAAACACGACCACAUUGUUUUCACCAUUUACUCCACAUUUGGCGCCUUUUACAUCCCACUGGCCUUGAUUCUGAUCCUUUAUUACAAGAUAUACAAGGCAGCAAAGACAUUUCACAGAAGAAGUGUCAGCCGGAUCGUAAGGGAGGAGGUAAAUGGACAAGUCCUUUUGGACACAGGUGAAAGAAGCACCAAAUCAGCUUCAAUGCCCAGCACAGCAGAGAAGACAUCAGAUCCCCUGGUGGACUGCGAUAAAAUCAAUAUCAGCCUACGAAGCCCCAGGUCUGAAUCUAAGCACGAGAAGUCCUGGAAAAAACAGAGAAUCUCUAGCACAAGAGAGCGAAAGGCAGCAACUACUCUGGGUCUGAUCUUGGGGGCAUUUGUGAUCUGCUGGCUUCCUUUUUUUGUAAAAGAAGUAGUUGUUAAUACCUGUGAAAGAUGUCAUAUCUCAGAAGACAUGUCUAACUUCCUAGCAUGGCUGGGAUAUAUAAAUUCCCUUAUUAAUCCUCUAAUCUACACGAUCUUUAAUGAAGAUUUCAAGAAAGCCUUCCAGAAACUUGUGCGGUGUAGGCAAUAUCUUUAAAAGCUUUCAUUCAUAUGCGGAGAACAUACUCAUUGUUUUUUUAACCUGUAUAAAUUUAUAUAACUGAGAUGAUAUUUGUUGUACUUAAGGAAAAGCAGCAAGACACUGCAUUUACAUGAUUUUGUAUCAGUAGUAUUGGGAGCAUAAAUUGCACAAGUUUUAAAGAGAUGGAUCACCUGGGAUCAGUUUUGCACUGGAAAAAGAGGUAGCAUAUUGUGGCUCUGAUCCAGCUGGGAACUGCACAGCUGCCUAGCUUGAAGCAUAAGGUAUUACCUUAAAUAUGAAGGAAAAAUACAAUUGAAGUAGACAAAGAAACAAAAUUUAAAUAACCAAGUAACCCUCAGUCAUCGAUGCAACUUUAAGUGAAACAACACAGAAGUUUUUAAACCCCAAUUGCAAAUAAGAAAAUACACCUUGGAAUGAAGACAUGAUUUUAUUAGUUUGGCACAGGCGUGCAGCAUAGAGCCAAGCCAUUCCCAGAAAAGGGUAGUAGCUUUAAAAUUUCUAGCAUCAUCCUACACUGAUUAGCUGAGUGCAGCUGCAGCCCUGCCUUUUCCUAUAGAUUAAGAACUUCCCUGUAUUAUGCCUUUGCAGCACACCAGUUGCAGGGAAGGCAUUUUCAUGGGUGACUAGUUUCAUAGCAAGCCAUUGCCCACUCACAACAGACGUGGACAUAGCCCCAAGGGAAACAGAGAGUUGAGAUGCCUCCAGUGAGCUGGGUAUACAUAGUUCCUGAUGCCAUUAGACACCAUUUCAGUAGGGACUAGGGACAGUUAAGCUUGCAAAGAGCACCUCCUCCUUAUGGAGAUGUUAGAAGGGAAAGAAGCAUGAGACGCUUGUUUCUUCAUGUCCUCAUCCCUGCCUCACUCACCUAGUCAGCUGUUGCCCCCGUGACUUUCUCAGCACCAAACCCAGCCACACAUUUUGUGCCCAGAGUAUUGCUGAUGGUGGGUGGCUUAGUGAGGUUUGGUUGAGGACCACGUAAUGAAGCACUUGUGCUGUCAGCUCUGGCUCAGCAUGCUCAGCCCUCCACUCCCAGAAGCCUGAUGUCCCCCGAGGCUUUUCUCAAUUGCACUAGGGCUGUGCACCAUCUUUCCAAGCAUAAGAGAAAGCAGUGCUGGCAGUGUGGGUGUCUGGAAAAGGCCAGGCAGCAGCUUCUCUAGUAAGGGCUGGAGACAAUGCUCCUGCAGUACAACUGCUUGCCUCCAGUCUACAACGCACACCUCAUUUGGGGAUCGUGUGGGAUGCUCACUGGCUGGUACCUCUAAAUCUCUCCUCCCAAAGAUUAUAGUCCAUGUCCCCAGUCCCAGCAGAGCUAAAAGGACCUUGUAGGUAGUCCAGCCAGCCCUGGCCAACUGGUCCACUCAAAGGUAACCAAGAUGAACAAAUCCCUCUGUGGGCUGCCUGCUAAGGUCUCAACAGUGGCACCUUAGCCGAUCUUGAUUUACACACUCUAGAUGCCAAGUCACAUCACUAGUGAGUGCAAUGACAGUUCUUUCCUCAAAACCAGCAGUGCAAGUUUGCCAAACCUAAAUGUACCAACAAAGCAGUGGGCAUGUACUUUCGAGUGCCGAUGAGUUACUAAGAGCCACACCAGAACCCAGGCACGAGUUUUGCACUUUUUAGGGUAAACAGAUUUAGACCGUGUCACUAAUAUCCUGGCUUUGCAUUCAUUGCCAGACAUUCAUUGCUGUCUAGCAGGAACAGGGACUUGAGGCUCCUUUCAGGAACUACAAGCCCCACCAUAGCAGCAGCAGUCUCCUGCCUGCAAAGGCACUCUGAUUUGGCGUGUGGACCAGCAGCUUAGGGACAUCACAAAGAAGGUGGCACAUGAGACCACUAUGCACACCCUUAGUUUGGGAAAGGUAUCACCAGCGGUCUUUGCAGUUGUUCUUCCAAGAGACUUUCAUUGUUCUGAAUUAGAUAAGAAAACCCAGACAGAGGCAGUUAUUGUCAUUCCUCUCUCCCUUUCUCCCUCCCCUGUAUUACAAACUCAGAAGUUUAGUGAUUUUUGUAUUUUGCCCAUUAGCUACCAGCUGUCCUAACAGCUGUCAGAGAUGUUUCUUGCAAGAUGACAAGGUUUGAAACCUGAGAUAUUGAACUAAUUUGUUUCUGUCACUUGCAACUUACUGUAUUCUGCUUUCACAUCAAGGCCCAAAGGAGCUGCUGUUCAGAAGUACUAGAAAAGGUGCAUUCGCUUUGCUGUUGAUUUUAACUCAGCUAGGAAUCUAAUGGAAAGCUCACAUCAUGCCAUGCAGCUCUAGCACAGUGGUAGCACAGCUAAAUUUUGGAGCUACUGGGAUGCAACAGAAUGGAAUUUGGCUCAUGCUCAGUGCAAGCUAGCGCACUUUACUACCAUUGCGGUCAGAGCACAGCCUCUGCAGUCCCUGUGACCUCAGCCGUGGCUGUAUUAUGCUGAAAGACAAAAAACUGCUUUAACCAUCAGCUGUGCUCUGCUGUCUCCAGACAGAGCCGUGGAAUUCAGCUUUCUGAAAGGAUUAGUAGAUUAACAGAAGGCGGCAAAGAAAACCCCACUGAAACAUUUACGAUUGAAGACCUCUGUUUCCCACAUUUCCUGAGUACCGAGUCAUAACACUGGAUAUCUAGGGACAGGACGUCCUCUCCCCCUGUUUCUCCCUUUAUGACUACUGGAGCAUAGAGUACAUUGUUUAUCCUCUCACACAUAAGAAGUUUGACAAUAUCUUGUGAAAUCAAAUUGGAAGAAAAAAUAGGGGUUGCUUCUAAGGAGAAAAUAUGCUUAAAAUAGUCUUAUUUAAAUAAUAAUAAGCUCAAAGAUUGGAACGAUAUGUAGAUAAACAGAAAAUAGCUGUCAUUUAUGCGCUGUUAACAGUAUUAUACUCUGAAUCUAAUUAAGCUGCUAAACAUUUCUCAAGAUGCAGGGUUGUUUCUUUUGUAUUGUUUUCACUGAGCUGUAUCUGUUUACCUUUCUACAGUCCAGUGUUGGAAGAUGCAACUACAAGAAAUCUAAGCAAAUGGGUGGGUAGCUAGCCUAUUAAAAGCACUUGCGGCUUGUGGACCAUCA